AUGGAGCCUGCUACAAGCGGCCCAGGACUCUCCCUGGACGAAAAGCUACGGGAGAUGCAGCAAAGAUUGGCAAAGGUGAAAAAGGAGAGACAGAUUGCCGAGCUCCAGGAAUUGAUUUGUGAGGAGGAGCGCUUGUUACAGGCAUCCCGCCAGCGACUCAAUGCUCGCAGUUCUGAAAUCUCGCCUAUCUCGCCCGCCCAAGAGCAAGCGCCAAGUUUGGUCAAUCUGACACCGACCUCGGUCAACAACACUUUAUCUGCAAUACCUACCGCAAAGCCUAUCACAAACACCAGUUCUACCUCUAACAAUCACUUUGAAUCUACAACGGAGAGUGUUGAUGAGAUGAUCGCACUGGAAAGCGCAUGUCGCUCUCUACCUUCCCAACGGGCUCAGCCAUCUCAGCAAGUCCCCACUGCCAAUGGGUCGUUGAAAUUUGAGCCCCCUUCAACGACCGUGCUGCGGGAAAACAGUCUCGUUCCCAGUUCUUCCUCUGUGAACUCGACCCCUGCACGUCCACAGCCAGACUCAAACCCACAACCCGGAUUGAACAGAAGAAACCCACAAAUUGAGUCCCCUUGGUGGGAUCCUCCAGCCUCCCCGGGCCUGGGAUGUGAUGCUCCGAGGAACAUCUACUACGGACGAAACUGGAGAGAGUGUGAGGACUUUGUCAUUGACUUGGAAGUCCACUUCUCCAAAAACCGGCACUAUUAUGCGGAUCCUGGCGAACGCCGCAAGGUGAAGCUAGGCAUUCAGUCACUGGCACCAGAAUUGCGCAACAAAUGGGCCCAGUGGGCCCGAUCCAUCUCGCAAGUACGAUGGAAUAUCUUCUGUAGAUUUGUGGCCUACCAAGCGAAUCCUAAUUCCACUACCAAGGAAGCCAUUGAACGAUUCACUACAUCAAAGCAGUUUACGCAUCAAUCAGUGCUCGAUCACUACUUUUGGAUGUUACAGUGGGAGCCAAAACUCCCGGCCACCUGGACCAGACAUGUGUACCUGGAAGCUCUGUGGAUGUCAACUCACCCUCUCGUCCGCAAUAGGGCAAAUAGACCGGCAAAGGACUUUGUAGACUGGCACGAAUAUGCCAAUUAUCUAUGGAAUGUUGAAAAAUCUAUUCCAGCCCGGGUGUCCCAGAUCAGGAGCCCUAGGCCCGGACAGAUGGAACCCAAUGACCGCUCCCAGGAUUCUAAUCCUAUUAACAAGAAUCAACCAUUCACUACUGAGGCUGAAAAGAGCAGCAGUGAUGACGAUGAGGAGGAGGACAGCGAAGAGGAUAACGACGAGCAGGACGACAGCGAUGACAACACCCAGAGGGAAAAAACAAGCCAGGCGGAAAUUCCUCUGGCCGCGAGAACAUCAGUGCCAACGCCACCAGCUAAUUCGUCACGCCCUCCUACCCCGGUACCUAAGGAACCUAAAUUUCAAAUUUACCAAGGCGCAACAUGGGCGGAGUGCAGGAAUUUCUUAUCUGCACUUGAGCAUCAUUUCGACACUUCAUGGAAUUACUUCAAAUACGACAGUCGCAAACUUGACGCUGGGCUCCGUCACAUCAAACCAGAGUUAAAAGACAAGUGGAACAACUACCGAGAACGGUUAUCUCUACAGGCUACAUGGGCCGAUUUCCGCAACUUCGCGGCUCAAGUUGCUGGCAUCCGUACCAAUGCCGAGAAGGCCAUUCAAGCAUACAAAACUGCCCGGCAGCCACCGUCCCAAACAGUGUCUGAUUUCGCUCUUUGGUUGCAACAAUGGAUGCCAUAUUUCAAUCCACGGGGCCACAAUCGCCUCCGCCACAUCUACGACCGUAUGCUUCCAUCCAUUCGGUCGCAGUCGCCCAAGACAUGGGAGGACUUUACAGAUCUGAAUCUCUUUGUUGAGUAUCUUCAGGAUGUCGAAGAUUCCAUGCCAGAACGAGAGGAGGAAUUGGCAGUGGGCGCGAAAUUCGGACAUGGACCACCGAAAAAGCGACCUCGUCGAAGCAAGUGA